GUGGAGAGGUAAUGGUUGGAAGCCGAAGCUUAUGUCUGGUAACGCACUUUAACUUUAUUUUCCCCGUUUUGGCCCUGUGAAAAGGAGGAGGUGGAGGGUCUUUAUGAACCCAAAAGAAAACCUAGCACAUGUAAUGGAAGAAGUGCGAAAGACAACUGGGUCUGCACUUUGCUUUGGGUUACCAAUUACAAUCACAUUGACCGCAGCUCAAAGCCGAAGUUAGCGAAUAAAAACAGCGAACUGCCGAAUCUUCAAAACUUGAAAGAGAAUAUACUUGUUGGGCAAAAGAAAGAAGAAGGAGCAGAGGGAGAGAGGUUGAGGUAAAAGAUGACGAGAUCAGGGAAGAAAAGGCAGAAGGAUGGAGAACAGAACAACCCUGGCGUUGCUGAAGGCACUCGGAUUCGAAUCUCUAGAGCCCUUCAAGAGUUCCGAGAAACACACAACGAAGUGUACACAUUUGAAGCCAAUCUGACGAACCACGAACGUGCUGUGGUGCAUGAGGUAUGCAGGAAAAUGGGCAUGACAUCCAAAAGUUCUGGGCGUGGAAGUCAGCGGCGUGUUUCUGUUUAUAAAACCAAAAAGAAGGUGGACACUAAGAAAGAAGAGGGAAAUCCUUAUUUGAAUUUUUCAGAAGAGGCGAAAGAAGUUUUAUUGGACCUAUUUACACGUUAUCCACCUGAUGAUAAAGAGAUGGUCACGCAAAUGGUUGAAAAUGGUAGUGGAAAGACUGAGAAAAUAUGGGGAAAAAAGGAUGAUAUUUUUGGCAGGCCCUCAAUGAACAAGGCAGAAAUUGCAAAGAAAGUGGAAUUGUUAGCUUCUAGGAUAGAGGAGGAUCCUCACUUGAGACAGAUUACUGAAGGGAGGUCUAAGCUUCCAAUUGCUUCCUUUAAGGAUGUCAUUACGUCAACAAUAGAAUCUCAUCAGGUAGUGCUCAUAUCUGGUGAGACUGGGUGCGGAAAAACCACGCAGGUUCCUCAAUUUGUUUUGGACUAUAUGUGGGGUAAGGGGGAAGCAUGUAAAAUAGUAUGUACUCAACCUCGACGUAUUUCAGCGACAUCAGUUGCUGAGAGAAUCUCUUUUGAGAAAGGAGAAAAUGUUGGCGAUAGUGUUGGAUACAAGAUACGGUUGGAAAGCAAAGGUGGAAGGCACUCAUCUAUCAUAUUUUGCACAAAUGGGAUUCUACUGAGAGUCUUGGUCUCAAAAGGCACUGAUAGGUUGAAGCCAGAAGCUUUACGCAAAGCAGCAAAGAGAGAUAUUUCUGACAUAACGCACAUAAUUGUGGAUGAAAUUCAUGAAAGGGAUCGCUACUCUGAUUUCAUGCUAGCAAUUCUCAGAGACAUGCUUGCCUCUUACCCUCAUCUACGUCUGAUACUAAUGAGUGCUACUAUUGAUGCUGAACGAUUUUCACAAUAUUUUGGUGGCUGCCCAAUAAUACGAGUUCCUGGAUUUACUUAUCCUGUCAAAACAUUUUAUUUGGAGGAUGUACUUUCUAUCUUGAAAUCAACAGGAAAUAAUAACCUUGAUUCUACUUUGCUAAGCCUCCCAGUUGAGGACCCCAAGUUAAUUGAGGACUAUGGGGUUGCCUUAGACGAAGCUAUUAAUUUGGCUUGGUCAAAUGAUGAGUUUGAUCCUCUACUUGAUUUCGUUUCUUCGGAAGGGACCCCACAAGUUUUCAAUUACCAGCAUAGUUCAACUGGACUAACACCACUAAUGGUGUUUGCUGGAAAGGGUAGAGUUGCUGAUGUUUGUAUGAUGCUAUCUUUUGGUGCUGACUGCCAUUUAAAAGCCAAUGAUGAUACAACUGCACUGGACUUGGCAGAAAGAGAAAAUCAUAGAGAAGCUGCUGAAAUGAUCAAACAACACAUGGAAAAUCUCCUUUCCAAUUCUGUGGAGGAACAGCAGUUACUUGAUAAAUAUCUAGCAACUAACAACCCUGAAAUUAUUGAUGUUGCCCUGGUAGAGCAGUUACUAAGGAAAAUAUGCAAUGACUCAAAGGAUGGAGCUAUUCUUGUUUUCCUUCCUGGAUGGGAUGAUAUAAAUAGGACUCGGGAAAAAUUACUUUCUGCCUCCUUUUUUAAAGAUUCUUCUAAGUUUGUGGUAAUUUCUCUUCAUUCUAUGGUACCAUCUGUGGAGCAAAAGAAGGUUUUUAAACGCCCACCUCCAGGUUGCCGCAAAAUUGUUCUCUCAACCAACAUUUCCGAGACCGCCAUUACCAUUGAUGAUGUUGUUUAUGUCAUAGACAGUGGUCGAAUGAAAGAAAAAAGUUAUGACCCUUACAAUAAUGUAUCAACUCUUCAGUCUGCUUGGAUUUCAAAAGCAAGUGCUAAGCAACGGGAGGGACGUGCAGGCCGCUGCCGUCCUGGAGUCUGUUAUCAUCUUUAUUCUAAACUUAGAGCGGCAUCGCUACCAGAUUUCCAAGUUCCUGAAAUAAAGAGAAUGCCAAUCGAGGAACUCUGUUUGCAGGUGAAGUUGCUUGAUCCAAAUUGCAAAAUAGAAGAUUUCUUGCGGAAGACAUUGGACCCUCCAGUUUUUGAAACCAUACGCAAUGCAGUUAUUGUUCUUCAAGAUAUUGGAGCCUUGUCGGUGGAUGAAAAGCUGACAGAACUUGGGAAAAAGCUAGGUUCUCUACCAGUUCAUCCAUUAACAAGCAAGAUGCUUUUCUUUGCCAUAUUGUUGAACUGCCUUGACCCAGCUUUGACUCUUGCAUGUGCCUCUGACUAUAGAGAUCCAUUCACUCUUCCCAUGUUACCACAUGAAAAGAAGAGAGCGACUGCUGCUAAAGCUGAGUUGGCUUCACUUUAUGGUGGGCAUAGCGAUCAGCUAGCAGUCAUAGCAGCAUUUGAGUGCUGGAAGAGUGCAAAGGAAAAAGGUCAAGAAGCACAGUUUUGUUCUCAAUACUUUGUUUCUUCAGGCACAAUGCAUAUGCUCGCUGGCAUGCGUAAGCAGCUUCAGACUGAACUAAUCCGGAAUGGGUUUAUUCCAGAAGAUGUAUCGAGUUGUAGCCUAAAUGCAAGGGACCCAGGUAUAAUCCAUGCUGUCCUUGUGGCUGGUUUGUAUCCUAUGGUGGGAAGAUUGCUACCACCUCAUAAAAGUGGAAAACGAUCUGUUGUAGAGACUGCUAGUGGUGCUAAAGUUCGCUUGCACCCACACUCCAAUAAUUUUAAAUUGUCAUUUAAGAAAUCUGACGGUCGCCCUUUGAUCAUAUAUGAUGAAAUAACCCGAGGGGAUGGGGGUAUGCACAUAAGGAAUUGUACUGUCAUCGGGCCACUCCCAUUGUUAUUGCUUGCAACAGAGAUUGUUGUGGCUCCUGGAAAGGGUAAUGAUGACGAUGAUGAGGAUUGUGAUGAUGACAGUGAUGGUGAUGAUAUUGAUGAAGAUGACAGUGAGGGAGAUGGAAAGGAAGCAAAUAAUAAGUUGAACGGGCAACAGGGUGAGAAGAUUAUGUCCUCUCCUGAUAAUACUGUUGCUGUGGUGGUUGAUCGAUGGCAUUCUUUUGAGUCAACAGCUCUUGAUGUAGCCCAGAUAUACUGCUUGAGGGAGCGACUGACUGCAGCAAUUUUCUUCAAAGCAACGCAUGCCCGUGAAGUUCUUCCUCCAAUGCUUGGGGCUUCUGUCUAUGCAAUAGCAUGCAUACUAUCUUAUGAUGGGUUAUCAGGGAUCUCUUUGUCAUUGGAAUCCGUGGACUCACUGACUUCAAUGGUGAAUGCAACAGAAAUUGACAAUUCUGCAUCAGGGAGAAGACGAAUGGGUCAAAAUCCAAACAAUUUCCUUAAAACACUAAUGAGCCAUGGCACAAGGCACAAAUCUCCUUCCAAACAUCACAAAAACAAGGGAGCGGAAAACUGGAACAGCCCACCAACCUACAAUGCAUGGUCUCCAUAUAUGCCGCCAUCCUUGACAUCAAACCAGAGGCCUUCAUCACAGCGGCCCAGUUUUUCUGGGUAUGGUUCGAGCAUGCAUGGACCGUAUGGUCCAAGAGGAGAUUCUUUUAAGCGGCAGCGUGGAAAUGGCUCUGGGAAAUAACACAACAAUGACUGGUUAGUUCUUUUAUACAUGUGUGGAGAUGAGACGACUAGGAGCUGGACCUGAUUUUCCAGAUGUACAAAAUUAGUUCAUGUCAGAAGUUGGAUUUAUGGUCUGGUAUGGCCCAAGGAAGGUUUUUCUUGGGCAGGCACUGCAGAAAUGGACAGGAAGACGGAUGGGAAUUGAGGUGGAUGUGAUUUUGGAGUGGUGGAUAAAUUUACUGGGAAGAAGUGAGAGAUGGGGGGUGGGUAGUAUUCGAUUAGAAGUAGCCAUUAUGCCCUGUUUAUUAGGACUCAUUCAUCACAUGGUAGAUGCGAAGUUGCAGCAAAACUUCUAGUUUCAGCAGUUCUGCUCGACCAAUUAUCACCUAUUCAUUGUUGUAUGACGACUGCACAAGCUUCUACUCAAUGUUAACAUACUUAUAAUUAAUGGGGAAAUUUUCAUUUACCCA